AUUUGAUUUGAUUUGAUGUUUGGAUAAAGAGCAUAAAAAUACUAACAGUUCCAUGACGAAUAAAGAGUGUAAUCAAACAAAUAAGAAUUUCCAUAAGAAGUUAAGGCUAAUAUUGGAGGAGAGAGAGAUGGGAAUUCAGAUUUUCCAUCAGAUUAGAUUCCUCCUGAUUUUGAGUUGGCAGAAUUACACAGAGUAUAAAAGAGUAUAGUAAAUAUAGGAAGCUUGGAAUGUGGGAAUAACUAAAUUAUCAAAGAGACAACUAAGAAGAUUAAGAUUGCAUUAAAAUAAUGAAAAUGUUAAAGAAGAAGAAAGGUUGAUUGGAUAGAUUUGUAAGUGUUGUGCUCGUUAAGUACCAAAUGAUAGAGUGGAAAUAGAUUGUAAUAAUUAAGAUUACUCGUUUCUAGGAGCAGGUAUUUAAAGAAUAAAUUUAGGUAUGCCACUGUAUUUUGAAUACAUAAAAGCAUGUAUUCUAAUGUUGAUAGUAAUGUUUGUGACAUCAGGUGAUUAUAAUAUAAUAACAAAUAUUGCAUUUGGUUAAUCAUGUUAAACGUUGGAUAAGAGUUUUGGGAUAGAGAUAGAUGAGAAAACAGUUUGUAUAUUUAAUUGGGUUACAGGAUUAUCAUUAGCUAAUAAAAGAGAUGAUUAAGAAUUCAUAGAUUUAUAAUAGAUGCUCAAUUUGAUAUCUAUGUUAACACUAAUCUUUUUAUUUCAAUAUUUUAGAAAGGAGCAGAGAGCAUUUGAUACUGAAAUUGAUUCAAAUACUUAUUAUGCAUCUGAUUACACAAUAUUAUUAAAGAAUAUUCCAACAAAUUCAGAGGGAUUAAAGAAUGAUGAUUUUGAUCAUGAUCUUAAAGAAUAUUUAGAAACUUAUAUAGAAGGAACAUACACUAAACCAUUAGAAGUUCAAGAUUAUGAAGAAGAACUUAGAUAAUUUUAAUAAAGAAACAAUAGACCAUUAAAGAAAUUAUCAAGAGUAGUGGCUGUAAAUCUAUGUUACAAUAUAGAACAAUAAUCUAUUUUAGAGUAGGAGAAAUAGAGUAAAAUAAUUUAGAAAUAGAAAGUAUUGAUAAAUUAAUAAUUUUAGUUGUUACCUCAAUUAUAUGAUUAAGGUUUGAUUCCAGGCACUGGUGAUAUAAAAAAUAAUGAAUAAAUAAAGGAAAUUGAUAGUUAAAUAAUUGAGAUUGAAUAAAAAUUGGAAGCAUUGGAGAAAAGAUUUGUUGAAGGAAAGGAUGUUAGAUAAUAUUUUUUAGGAUAAGCAUUUGUAACAUUUAGAUGGGAAAGUGAUGUUUAAUGGAUGUUGAUAGAUCAUAGAUUAUCAUUAUGUUCAAGAAUUCUUGGAAGAAAGAGUAAUUUAAUAUAUAGAGGUGCAUAAUUAUAAGUUGAAUAACCACCCGAACCAACUGAUGUAUUUUGGGAAAAUCUUCACAUUAAAACAUAUCAAAAGAUAUGGAGAAGAAUAUUAGGAUAUAUUUUAACUUUUAUAAUCUUAGGAAUAUGUAGUGGAUUGAUAUAUUAGUUAUCAGCUGUCUAAGCUAAUAGUGCAGAUUAAAUGGCUAAAGCUAUUAAGAAUGGAGAUUUAAAUGUUAAUUAUAAAGUUAAAGUGAUUGCAUAAUUAGCAUCUAUUUCUAUUAUAAUUAUUAAUUAUGUUCUAAGCAUUGUAAUUAGAAAGGUCUCUCUUUUUGAAAGAUUUUCUACAUAAACAGGAUUUAAUAUUAGUUUAGCAAGUAAAUCUAGUGUGGCUUAAUUUAUAAAUACUGCAGUUAUUACAUUUGCAAUUAGUACAUGGGUUACUUAAAAUAUUUAUGGAACAGGAGGAUUAGUUUAUAAUUAAACUUAUGUGUUUAUAUCUAAUGCAAUUCUACCUGCUUUAAUUUAAUUCAUAGAUUCAUCAACUAUUAUGAAAUGGAUCUUCUAAUUUCUAGAAGUAAGAAAAGGCAAGUCUUCAAUUAAAACAUAGAAAUAGUUACAUGAGUAAAUCUCAUAUUAAUAUAUAUAGUCUAUAUGAGAGACCUGUUUUUGAUAUAUCUACAUCAUAUGCUAAUGUCUUAAGAAAUAUGUAUGUUGUUGCUUUUUAUGCCUCUGUUAUACCUAUUGGUCUAGUUAUAACGUGUUUCGCUUUAGUUCUUUUUUAUUGGGUUGAAAAAUAUAAUAUUGCAAGAAGAAGAACAAUUAAAUACAAUUAUAGUUCAGUAAUGUCGAGAGAAAUGCUUGAACAAUUAGAGUAUGUUUUACCUAUUUAUUGUGUAAGUAUUUAUAAUAUAUAUCAAUAGUUAACCAAUCUUUGGUGGGAAUAUGUUUUCUUAGAAUCUAUUUCCAUUGAAGCCAUUAUUGGAGUUGUCUUUGGAGUAGCCAAUGCUAUUCUACCUAUGCAUGAAAUUAAUAAACUAUUAUUCAGAAUGAAAGUAUAACCAAAUGAGCAUCUUCCAAUCAAUGAGGCUGAAGUCAAUUUUCUUACUGUAUUCUCUUUCAUUAUAUUAAUCUAGGAUUAUUGUAGAGAAAAUCCUGCAACUGCUGAAACCGAAAGAGCUAGAUACUAAGAAAGAGUUAAUAGACAUUAAAAAGAUAAAAUUGCUAUGGAUUUAAUGUUUGAUUAAUGAG